CGGAAGCGGUGCCGGCGCGGUGACGUCAGUGGCUGGUGACGGGGAAGAUGGCGGCGGCAGGAGGAGGAGGUGGAGGUGGAGAGGAGGAUGAGGAGCUCCAGGAGUUGUUGGAAAGUGCCCUUGAUGAUUUUGACAAAACGAAACCUACUCCACAUCCCCAAGCAAAAGUGGAAGCUGAGAAACCAGAUGGAAAAGGCUCCAAAGAUGCACUCCUCACUGCCCAGGAACAAUUCUUCAGUGAGCUGUUUGACAGUGAGUUAGCUGCCGAGGCGACGAAGGAGUUCGAUAAGGCCAUGCAGGAGCUGGCGGAGCAGGAACCGCAACUGGUCGAACAGUUCCACAAACUGUCCGAGAUUGCCUCCAAGGUCGGCACUGACCCAGCCUCCAAUCAGGAGUUCACCUCAUGUUUACAGCAGACACUCUCCGGGCUGGCCAAAAAUGCCAGUGGCCUGCAGGGUGCUGAUGCCACUGAAGAGGAGUUGAGCCAGGCGAUGGGCAGCCUGGGCGUGGACCUGGGGCUGGCUGAGGGAAGUGCUGAGGCAGAGGGCUCUUUUCUGCCCGUCAUGCAGACCAUCAUGCAGAACCUGCUGUCUAAGGACAUUCUGUACCCGUCGCUGAAGGAGAUCGCUGUCAAGUACCCGGAGUGGUUAUCUGUUCACCGAGACUCCCUGACCAGGGACGAGCUUCAGAGAUACGAGCAGCAGCAUGUCAUCAUGGACAAGAUCUGCCAGCAGUUCGAGGCUGACGGGGACAGCAAUCAGGAGGAGCAACAGCGAGCUCGCUUCGAGACCAUCCUCGAGCUCAUGCAACAGCUCCAGGAUCUUGGCGAACCACCAAAGGAGCUGGCUGAUAUGCCUCCUGGCCUGAAUUUUGACCUGGAUGGGAUGAACCUCCCGGAGAACAUGACAGCAGGCACGGAGCAGUGUGUGGUCAUGUGACAGGCUGUGGGCCAAUCAUGUUUCAGAUUCUGAACCCUUUCCCUCCCUCCCUUCCUCCGUCCCUCCCUCUGAGUGAUGCCCUGAAUCUGGGAACCCGACACCGUGCAGUUCCCAACAAGGAGGUGGAGGGCCCGUGUUGCCAUGUUUGUUCAGGGAGCUAUUUGACUAUGGGGGCAGCACAUAAACUGCAAUCUGCUGGUUCCUCUCUGCUGUCAACAUUGAAGACGGUUUCCUGCUGGAUGCCCUCGGGCUGGGGACCGGGAGACGGAGCAGUGAGUUCUCAGAGAGCUCCACGUUGGAAUAUUUCCUCACCUGGCCGUAGCUCGGUCUCUGUGCUGGGUCUGCAGCGGUGUCUCUCUCCAGCUCGAGUGGUGGACUGGUUUGUGUGAUUAACUCCUGAUCAACUCUAAAAGUGAUUUCACUGAA